AUGGUUGCUCAUGAUCACCAACCUAAGAGACAUUCAGAAUAUUGUUUUUACCCGAAGGUGAGGGAUGUUAUCAAGUAUCUACUAGGCUUUGCGAUAGACGAGCCACUUCUUGAGCAACGUCAAUUCAUGCAGCUAGUUGAUCUUUACGUGGACAAGGAGCCAUGGAAAAUUCUUGAGAGCAGUAACACCAACACAGGUUACUUCAUUACACCGUUGAAGAAAGAGAAGUCGGCACAUCAUAAAAGAUUUAAGCGAAUUGUUGGGGAGGGCACAUGGAAGAUACAAGACCCAACGAAGAAAGUGUUUGAUGAAAAAGGUAGACUUAUGGGGUACGUCCACCAUAUGAAGUACGCUCCCCGCACUAACAAAAAGUCAAUAAUAAUCAAGGAGUUAUUCGGCGAGUGGUUGAUGAUGGAGUACUCUUUAUAUGAUGGUUAUGUUACUAAUAUUAAGAAGAAAAUUAUAUAUAAGGAUUUUGUAAUUUGUAAGAUUAGGAAGAAGAAACAAAGGCUUGAUCACAAUGAUAAGGGAAAAUAUGAGAAUAUUAUGAAUGAUGUUGAAGUUAAUGAAUUAAUCGAUUCGGUUAUGGAAGAAUUAGAAGUGAUUGAUGAUGAUAAUAUAGAGGUGGAUGCUGAGGAUGACUUUCUUGCUGCAUUGGAGGAUGAAUGUAUGAAUUCAGAAGAUAAUGGAAUAUCAAAGAAUGAUGCAAACGAUAUCAAUCUUUAUGAAUGUAACUUCUUUUAG